GCCUCAGACGCAGCCUCGCGAUAGGCCCCACGCCUCUUCUUAUCCCACCUUCCACCUCCAACUCCUCCCCACACCCCUCCACCUCUGCUCUUCUCGACGAACCCACAGCUUCGCAGCACACAAAACAGCUGCUCAACUGCUAGAACAAUGACCGAGCGGCCCUUUGCGCCGCCGCCGCCACCGUCGUCUCCUGCUGACGCUCUUGAGGCGCGCUUCGCCAGGCUGCAGUUCAAGUCUGCGCGGUCAAAGCAGCCUGGUACUGCUGCUGUCUCUUCUUCGUCGGCGGCGUCGGCGUCGGCGUCGACGUAUUCUGCAGCACAUGCGGACUCGGGGCUGGCGGAUCGUGUGAGCAGGUAUGAUCGCAAGCAGCACGGGAGUGAGAGUAACGGCACCGAGUCGAGUAGCUCGCUAUCGGCAGUACGGCCAUCGCCGCCAAAGGGACCGCGAGCGAUACCAGACACCAGUCAAUAUCAGCAUUCAGACACUUCUUCAAAUCACUCUCUGUCAGCGACGUAUUCAUAUUCUUCCCACGAAAAGCCAGUCUCGCGAGACAGCCAUGAUUCUACCUCUCUGCUUCUAUCAUCGCUGCCCUCCGCACCAUCAACUCUCCCUUCCGCCAACCGAUCAUCGCAGCCAUCAAUCCGCAAAGUCUCCCCGCCAUCUGAUUCCACAUACUCACAUCACCCCUCCUCCGCCGGAUUGCCAUCGUCGUCGGCCCGUGGCACAUCGUCAUCAACCUCCUCGGCAUCAUCAAGCUCGACAGCGACAGCGCCUGCCAAGAAAUUCGAUUUCCCUCGCGCAGUGUCGAUUUCUCCCGAGACGCUGGCGGAUUAUAUACUUAAAGUCCCGCAGCAGAUUCUGUUGCUUGACGUGCGGUCACGGGAAGAUUUCGACGAAGGGCAUAUUUAUUCGCGGAAUGUUGUCAAUAUCGAUCCUAUCGUGCUUCGGCCAGAUCAAACAAGUGUGGAUCUGGAAGAUGCACUGAUUGUAUCCCCCGAAGACGAGCAAGACCUCUUCUCCCGCCGACACGAAUUCGAGCUAAUAGUCUACUACGACCAAAGCAGCCGCUCUGGCAACUUUGUCGGCAACGAUCCUCAGACGACCGCGUUACGAAACCUGUUUGAUACGAUCUACGAAAAGGAGCCGCGAAAGAUGCUCAAACGACAGCCGGUCCUGCUCGUCGGCGGUGUGGACGCGUGGGUCGCGUACUGUGGGCGGAAUUCGCUUGUGGCGUCGAAAGCGGUGAAUGGGAGUCGAAGCCAGACCGCGCGGUUAUCAAACGGGAGUAGCAGUGAUGGCAGCAGUGCGUCGCUCCGCCGCUCGAAACAGUUCAACGGAGCCAGGCUGUCAAAGUCGAGUUUGGACUUUUCGGAAAAGAAACCGGAUUUGUCUUAUGAAGCGGCGUGGUUGCAGAAAGGAGCGGCGGCGCAGUCGCCAUCGUCUGUCUACGCUUCGUCAACUAACAGCAGCAACUCUACUGUCAACGGGCAAAGCUCAAAGAACACUACCACCGCCGCUGCCGCUUCACAUUACAGUACUUCGACUCUGAAAUACCCAUCAGCCUCUGACACACGGCAUCUCACCGAGCUGCCGACCUCUUCCUCUCACCACUCCCAUCACCACCUUCUCCCCCACCACAGCCACAAUUCUUACGACAGCAGUCAUUCCCAACCCGACGUUUAUGCGCGCGAUAUGAACGAUUUCUUCCGCCGCACGGCUGCGAGCGCGCCGGUGGACUUGCUCCCGAAGCGGCCGACGCCAGUUCUAGAUCGUCCUGCAUACAGUGGUCGGAUUUCGGCCCACAGUAUCCCGACCGCGGGCUCUGUUUUGCCGUCGAUCAAUACGAGCAAUGGAAGCGGUGAUUUGCAGCAGCAGCCGACGGCGCUGGUGCGAAAGCCGCAGCCGAUCGACUAUGCUUCGCAGUUGCCGUCGAGCCCGACGAUGAUGCGCACAGAGCGACAGCCCUCGUUUGGCAACAAUUUCUCUGGUCUGGGCGAAGUGAGCGCGGGGAUGACGGGGUUGAAGAACCUGGGGAAUACGUGCUAUAUGAACUCUGUGAUUCAGUGUCUGGCAGGCACGAGUCUGCUGGCGCGGAUAUUUCUGAACGGGACGUAUCGGAAGCAGAUUAAUAUGCAGAAUAAGCUGGGCACGCAGGGAGUUUUGGCGAAAGCGUUUGGGGAUCUCGUGGCUGCGCUGUAUAGCGACCAGUGUACUUUCCUGGUGCCGACGACGAUGAAGGACGUGACUGGACGGCUGCGGCCGGAGUUUGCUGGGUCGGAUCAGCAAGACGCGCAGGAGUUUUUGACGUUCUUGUUGGACAGCCUGCACGAGGAUUUGAACUUGAACGGGGGUAAGACGCGGCUGCCGCCGCUUACGGAGCAAGAAGAGCGGAUGCGGGAGAAGUUCCCGGUUCGGUAUGCUUCGUUUUUGGAGUGGGAGCGGUACCGCAAGUCGGACAAUUCGGCGAUUGUGAGUAUGUUCCAGGGCCAGUACCAGAGCAAGCUGAUGUGCAUGACUUGCAAGUUCACGUCGACGACGUAUAACCCGUUCUCUGUGCUUUCGCUGCCGCUUGCGCCGGGGAAGCAUGUGAGUCUGAAGCAGUGCUUUGAUAUGUUUGUGAUGGAGGAAGUUCUGGAUAAGGACGACGCGUGGUAUUGUCCGCAGUGCAAGACGCAGCGGAAGGCGACCAAGACGCUGAGGAUUGCGCGGCUGCCGAUGAUUCUGAUUGUGCAUCUGAAGCGGUUCAAGACGAACGGGCGGUGGACAAACAAGCUCGACACGUUUGUCGACUACCCUGUGCACGACCUUGAUCUGACGUCGUACUGGCCCGCGUUCAGGUCGGAGGAUAGCAUGUGGAUCGACAAGGUGCCGAAGAGCGACCAGGUCCCGCCGUUCAAGUAUAACUUGUACGGAGUGGUGAACCACUACGGCACGCUGCGAGGGGGGCAUUACACUGCCUACAUGCACAAGAAUAACAAGGGAUGGCUUGUGUUUGACGACAGUCGCGUGGCGAUGAUUAAGGAGGAUAAAGUUGUCUCGCGGGAUGCGUACGUGCUGUUUUACCAGCGCGACACGUCUAUGCUGUGAGCACGCUUUGAUACCAUUUUUUUUAGCAUAUGUAUUGAUUUGAGGUGUGGUUGAGUCUUGUUGACGUGGUCUUGGACAAGAAAAGCGUAUGCAUAGAAAGAUCUCGAUUGGUGUUUUUGCUUUCUUUGUAACUAUCUACUUUUGUUUAAUUUCUUUCAGUAUUGAGUCAUGUUUUCAUGAUAUUUUUCUUUUUCUAGUUUGUAUUAGUUUGCAAUGCAUGGAUGAGGGGGAGAUGAAAGGGUAUUAGUUUAUAUGUAAUAAUGAU